AUGCCGCCAAAGAAGCAGGUUCAAGAAGAGAAGAUCCUCCUGGGCAGGCCCGGUAACAACCUGAAGAGUGGAAUCGUCGGCCUUGCCAAUGUGGGAAAGUCAACACUGUUCCAGGCCAUUACCAAGUCCAACCUUGGCAACCCAGCUAACUUCCCCUAUGCCACCAUCGACCCCGAAGAGGCUCGCGUGAUCGUUCCCGAUGAGCGGUUCGAUUGGCUCUGCGAGAAGUUCAAGCCCAAGUCCAAGGUGCCCGCCAACCUCACUGUCUACGACAUUGCCGGAUUGACCCGCGGUGCGUCGACUGGUGCCGGUCUCGGAAAUGCCUUCUUGUCGCAUAUUCGGGCCGUAGACGCCAUCUUCCAGGUUGUGCGUUGCUUCGACGACGCGGAGAUUAUCCAUGUCGAGGGCGAUGUCAACCCCACCCGCGAUCUCGAAAUUAUCGCAGACGAGCUCCGACUCAAGGAUAUCGAGUUUGUCGAAAAGGCGCUCGAGAACCAGAAGAGGAAGACUCGCGUGGGUGGUCAGAGCCUGGAGGUCAAGAAGGCUAGGGAAGAGGAAGCUACUAUUGAGAAGAUAUUAGCUUUGUUGAACGAGGGCAAGGACGUCAGGAAGGGUGACUGGUCUCCCAAGGAGGUCGAGGUCAUCAACUCUCUUCUCCUCCUUACCGCCAAGCCCGUCGUCUACCUGGUCAACCUUUCCGAGAGGGACUUCAUCCGCAAGAAGAACAAGCACCUACCCAAGGUCGCUGAGUGGAUCGCAACCCACGCUAAGGGCGAUCCCGUCAUCCCCAUCUCCGUCUCCUACGAGGAGCGCCUCACGCAGUUCGAGACCGAGGAGGAGUCCCUGGAGGAGCAGAAGAGGGUCGGCGCCAACUCGUGCAUCCCCAAGCUCAUCGUCACGAUGAGGAAGGUCCUCAACCUCGGCAGCUUCUUCACCGUCGGCUCCGACGAGGUCAGGCAGUGGACCAUCCGCAACGGCACCAAGGCGCCCCAGGCUGCCGGUGUCAUUCACACCGACUUUGAGAAGACGUUUAUCCAGGCUAUUGUAUAUAACUUUACCGUCUUGAAGGAACUCGGUGAUGAGGCUGAGGUUAAGGCGAAGGGUAAGGUUAUGACGAAGGGCAAGGAUUAUGUCGUGGAGGAUGGAGAUAUUCUACUGAUUAAAGCGGGUGCCGCCAAGGGUUAA